CAAAACAGUAUUGAAAAUUUUUAUUCUGCUCCGUACGUCGUACAUUCUAAGCAAAAGUAUGCCGUUUUCAGUGGUAGAAUUUUACGACAAACGUUCUAGCUAUCAGUGUGGUUACUGCAAGCAAUCGGACUCUUGCCACUCUUAUGGCAUGUGGGCAUAUAAACUAAGCUGUGAAGAUUACCAAGAUCUGAUCGAUCGAGGCUGGCGUCGUUCUGGAUGUUAUUGUUAUAAACCAAUCAUGGAUGUUACCUGCUGUCCAUCGUAUACUAUUAAAUGCGAUGCGCUUAAUUUUCGAUUAAAUAAGUCACACAAAAAGAUAAUUAAGCGUAUGAACAAAUUUCUCCGUGAUGGAAAAAGAGAAUCCGAUGAGGAAGAAAAUCCACAAUCUUUUGGCGAGAUUGGGACUUUAAGUCAUGAGCACAUCGAGACGCCGCGUAUGCCAACAAAGCCAAUUGAUUUAGAAUAUUUGGAGCCUACCAUGGACAUUGCAAAACAAACUACUGAAACCAUUAAAGCUCGAUCGAAAGAUUUGAGUGAAAAAGGGGCCGAAGCCUUAAAGCCUUCGCAUGGCAUGGGCAACCCGACUGUGAGUGAUGUACCAAAAAAAGCAAAACUUAUGCGAAUUAUACGAAAACGAGAUAAACUACAAAAGAAAGGGCUUACCGGUGAAGAGCUAGAACGAUCAAUGCUAGCUGGAAAGGGGCAUAAUAAAGAAAAGUCGCUGGAAGAUUUUCUUUACGAAUUUCCAAAGGAAAACGAACCAUCAGCCCAUCGUUUGACGGUAAAAUUCAUUCAGUCCAAAGAUUGUGCAAUCCCUACAACGUUUAAACUAUACAGUAGUUACCAACAAAGCAUACACAAAGAGCCAUCGUCCAAACUCAGCAUGGAACGUUUCAAACGUUUUCUUAUCAAUUCUCCCCUUAAGAUUGUGACUCUACCCACGGGCGGGAAAAAGUUUCAAGAAAGCCUGGACAUUUCUUACGCACUCUAUGUCAAAUAUCAGACGAGUAUUCAUAGUGAUCCUCCUGGUUCGGUUGCGGACUAUCUCGACUUUUUGGUAAAAUCACCAUUAAAGGGUUCGGCGGAUUUCGGGUCUUUCCAUCAACAGUAUUGGUUGGAUGAUCGUUUGAUUGCUGUGGGUGUGAUCGACGUGUUGCCACUAUGCGUUAGUUCUGUAUAUUUUUUUUACGAUCCAGAGUAUAGAUUUCUUUCCCUUGGUACUUAUGGCUCGCUAAGAGAGAUUGCGUUUACAAGGGCACGGUACCGUGUUAAUCCCAGCAUUACAAGCUAUUACAUGGGAUUUUAUAUACAUUCGUGUCCGAAAAUGCGAUACAAAAGCAGCCUACAACCCUCUCGUCUACUUUGUCCGGAGGCUUACACUUGGCACUUACUUGACAAAAAUAUCUUGUCCAAGCUUGAUGCACGCAAAUAUAACCGGCUUAACGAAGAUAAAUUAGUGCAGGAUGCACAAAAGCCAACUGAGCAAGAUUUACAGGACGUUCUUUUGCUUGUUGGAAGAUCGUAUUUGCGAUAUUCAGAGUAUUCGUUGGUCGCACAGGUCGUCCCGGAUGUUUCAACGUACGCCCAGCUGGUAGGAAAAGUGUGUGCUAAAAGGAUGAUGUUGUAUGGAGUAUAGCAUAGAAGCUCAAUUGUGUCCUUCAACUUCAGUUUUGGUUGUUUCA